GUCACACCCCUUUAUAAACCCAUCAAACGACACUCCCUCACUCUUAUCAUAUCCGGCUUCUCUCUCCUACACGCCACACAAACCCCUGACUACACUCAAACACACUCCGCCGCCGCAUCCCGCGGCACUCCUCCAGACCACCACCACCACCACCAAGACAUAAAUAAAAUCUCAAGAGAAAGUACUUCUCUUUGUUAGUGGUUUUGCGCACGUGUUCCAAAUGGCGACCACCACAAGCACCACCGCAUCAACCGCAGGAGCAGCAGCAGCAAACGACGUUGCAGAGGGUCCAGUCCUGAGCGUUGUGAACAAGCGCCUCCGCGCUCUUCGCAAGAAGCUGAACCGAAUCGUCCACACCGAAGAGUCCGUGGCCCAAGGAAAGCCCAUUAACAAGGAGCAAGAAGAAGUCCUCCGCUCCAAACCCUCCGUCCUCGCACUCAUCGACGAGCUCGAGAAGCUUCGAUCCCCUUUGUCCGCCGCCGUCACCGAAGAACUCAACCUUGCCCUAAAAAAUAAUAAUAACCACCACCAACCAAAACCCCAACCGGAACCUGAAUCCCAAUUACAGCCACAACCACAACCCGAACCUGUCUCUGAGGCUAAGAACGAUGACGUUUCUGUUGUUGAGGAUUUGAUUAACUUGAUUUAUUUCGGGUCCUUGUUUGAUGUGAAGUCGCAGAACGAGUUCACGUCGACGAUGCUCACGCGCACGCACGAGCGUGGUUGCUGCCUCACCUAUGAUUAUGUAACCGACGACGCCACCGAUCUGCUCAGAGAGAGGGAUCUUGACCUGAUUUCGGCCAUGAGGGGGCUUCUGAUCUCGCGCCCAGCCGAUUCCAGCCUGUCGCACCGCGAUGCACUCUGCCGCUGCGUUGAGCACGCCAGGCUCUGGCUCGCUAGGGCUCCGCAGCCAAUCGAGCCCAAUGCCGAAGUUACCUAUGCUGGAUUGAGGGAGAAGUUAAACAAGAUUAUGUCUUCAGAGUAUUUCAUCACUACUCCUGAGAUUAAGGCUACGGAUGAGGUUGCUGCCGCUGCUGCCAGUGGGAGUUACCAGUCUUUCCAGGUCCCUGUGCAUGGCACAGCUCCGGUUGAGGGCGAAGGAGGCUCGGUUUCUAAAUCUCCGGAUCAGGAUGAAGGAGCCAUAAAUUAUCAAGGACAUGGAUCUGGAGAAGAGAACUCUGAUCCUGAAGGGGAGCUUCAAAAGGACGAGGUUGAAGUAGAAAAUGUGGAGGUGGUCACAGCUCAGAAUGAACAGACCAAUGCACAGGUCGACGUGGAGUAUAAUCAACGAGACAUGGAGACAAAGGAUCAGCACUAUCCUAGAAGGGGUUAUCAGAACCAAAGAGGGGGUCGCGGUGGUGGAGGUAGUCGGAGGGGUUAUUCAAAUGGACGUGGAGGCCGUGGUGGUGGUGGAGUUGGCAGAGGAGGCUACCAAAAUGGUCGCAAUCAAUACUAUGAUCAACCUGGAAACUAUUAUCCAAAGAACUACUAUAACAACAGAGGAGGCGGAGGAAGAGGCGCGAGAGGAGGUGGCUACUCUUACAACAAUGGUUCAGGUGGUCAAUUCAAUCAUGUUGCAGGUGAUGUUGGGGUUCAAUCAUGAGUAAUAAUCAUGAUGUGUUCAUAGUGUCCGGGGUGAAACUCUUAAAAUUGUCUUAAGACGUGUUCUCGAACAUUUUUGUUGACAUUAGCAACACCACCACUUUAGACUCCACCAUUUUGUAGCUCAUUAGCUGUGUACUCUGUGCGUGAAUCUUACAUGAGAAAAACUAUUUAACUACUA